AUGCCCCCAAAAAAGACAGAAGCAGUAAAACAAAUAAGGGGUAAAGAAGCCGAAGAAGCUGUUCGUCUGUAUUUAAAAGAGAACUACAGACCGUAUUCAAUUCUGGACCUAAUUUUGAAUAUGCACAAAAAAAUAAACAAGGCAGCAAUGCUAGAUAUACUUGAGUGCUUAGAAAAGAAAGGAGACAUAAUGUCGAAGACCUAUGGGAAACUGGUAUAUUACGUUUGCAAGGAAGAAGAAAUUCAAGAUGACUUUCUUAACAAAUAUGACAUUUCCGCCAUUGAAAAGUUAAAACAACAAUAUCAAGCUAUUGAUGUUGAAAUUCAAGAGCUCAAGAAAGGUAAUUAUUUAUCCCUUACUUUUAUUUUUAUUUCAACUUUGAGAUAUCCAGAGCACUUUUAUUAA